AUGUCCACAAUUAUAACGAUAUAUUUCUUCACUUUCGACAUCCCUGGCGGCGUCUGGGCGGCGACCAAGGCGCAGGGUCAAGGCCCCCGACCGGAGGCGGGGAUCGGAAUGGACCUUCGGAGAGGGGGGGACGAAACACGCGCGUCGGCCGGAUCAUCUCGCGUCUCACUCCAUCUUAUCAGACCGCGAACCAGUAAGAAGGAGAAGGCGGUUUUGCACGCCACUUCGCUGGUCGUACACCGCACCUGUCGGGACGUGGAGGUGCCUCGUGGUACACGUCAAACUCGACGUGGAAUGCAC